GUGGGACUCGGCGAAGACCCUGCCUGCUGGCCGGGGGCGGGGCCUGAGCCAGGCUCUCUUUCCGCGGGUCCGGCGGGUGUUCUGCGAGUUUCGCCGCUGUUCCUUUCCUCGCCGGCUACCCUCGAGCGUCCAGCAUGCCGGGUCCAACCCCCAGUGGCACUAACGUGGGCUCCUCUGGGCGCUCUCCCAGCAAAGCCGUAGCCGCGCGGGCGGCGGGAUCCACUGUCCGGCAGAGGAAAAAUGCCAGCUGUGGAACAAGGAGCGCAGGCCGUACAACCUCGGCAGGCACUGGGGGAAUGUGGCGAUUCUAUACCGAAGAUUCCCCAGGGCUGAAAGUUGGCCCUGUUCCAGUAUUGGUUAUGAGUCUUCUGUUCAUCGCUUCUGUAUUUAUGUUGCACAUUUGGGGCAAGUACACGCGUUCGUAGAUUCGGCUACAUCCAUCUGUCAACUGAAGAAGAAGGAAAAAACCCAACAUAUCUUGGACCAAAAGUACAGUGAUUUUUUUCUGUUCACACUUAUUUUCCAGGGAGUUUAGUAAGAAUUGACUUUGAGGAAUCAGUUUUUUUCUAUGACAAAUAAACUUUUAAAUUGAUUUA